CCACUCAUUCACAAUCAGACAGCGCGAGGACGCACACACACAGGGACGAUGCGCGAGACCAAGACAAACUGACCCUGAAUCUGAUUCAGACGUCAUGAUGAUGAACAAGAGUGAGGACUGCAACCCUCCGUAUGACGACGGCCGCCUGCCGCUGGUGCUGUUGUACAGCAUUGUGUUGGUUGUCGGCCUUCCUGCUAACCUGCUGACCGUCUACCUCACCUGGGUGCAGGUGCGUAGGAAGAACGUUCUGGGUGUUUACCUGUGGAGCUUGUCAGUGUGUGACCUCACCUAUCUGUUCACACUGCCUCUGUGGGCGUACUACGUCAGCCGAGGUCACCUGUGGCCGUGGAGUUCAGCGGUCUGUAAGCUAACGGGUUACAUCUUCUUCAACAACAUGUACAUCAGCAUCUUCCUGCUAUGCUGCAUCUCCUGCGACCGCUACGUGGCCGUGGUCUACAGCGUAGAAUCCCGCGGUCUGCGGCGGCAGCGCCUUGCGGUCAUCAUUGCCCUCGCCAUUGUCCUGCUGGUUGCCGUCAGUCACGUCCCAGUUUUCACCAUGAAGGAGGGCAACGCUGCCGAAGGCAACCAGCGCUGUUUCGAGCCGAGUCAGAGCAGCGCCAAGGUGACGGGCUUCAACUACGGCCGCUUUGCGGUUGGCUUCCUGAUCCCACUGCUGCUUUUGGUGGUGACGAAUCGCGGCAUCCUGGCCAACGUGCAGCGCAGUACGGGGCUACGGUGGGAGCAGAAGGAACGCGUCCGCUGGCUGGCAGUGGCAGUGGUGGUCCUGUUCCUCAUCUGCUUCGCCCCGUACCACCUGAUCCUGCUGGUCAGGGCCGUCAUGUUCCACUUCCCCGAGCUAGAGCACGGCAGCUGUCUGUUCGAAAAGACGAUGUACACCCCCUACACCAUCUCUCUUGGCCUGUCCACUGUCAACAGUGCCAUCAACCCCCUCCUCUACGUCCUGUCCAGUGACAACAUCCGCAAAGACCUGAGCCGAGGCCUCGCCCAGUUCUGCCACCGAGCACGCCCGAGACCACGAUCUGACAGCAGCCAGAACAAGAUCCAGCCCAUCAAGAACUCGACAGAGCUGAAUGUGGUGACUGAGACCGAGAGGCAACAAGGAGGAAAACCACCUGGUACCUGACCGACCUGCUGGACUCUGAGGGAGCCUACGUGGCUUUGCUGGUCUCCACUGGUCUUUAAUAGACUCUAGUGGUCUCUGCUCUGGUUCGUGGCAUGACUGAAAUCUGCAGGGUUCAUCCUCUGGAAAGCAGGACGGAGACCAGGACCAGGACCUUUAAAAAAGUUUCCUGUUGUGUUUUGUGUUUUUUUUUCAGUGUAAUGAGACAAAAAUGAAACGAGUCCAUUUCCAUUAAAGUGAUUUUGAUUAGUUCACAAAAGUCUGACCUUCAUUUCUCCUGUGCAGCCCAUCAACAGCUCGUCAGGAGUUUAUCCAGCCUAGAUCACCACGGUAACGGAGGUAGCUCACCAACAGAUGCUGCAGGUUAACACCCUGAACAGAGAUUAAUUGAAGCACUAGACACACAUGAAUAGAGAGAGAGAGGGAGAGAGACAGAGAGAGGUUCAGUGUGAAGUUCAGAUCAUUAGGAACAAAGCUCAGUAGAAUCAUUUUGAUUUCCAUCAGUAUCAUGUCAGAGAUAGUGGACAUAUGGACGGAGACAGAUUUGCUUUGGUCCAACAUAUGGACACACAUCUUCAGUCUGAGACAAGCUAACGCAGAUCGUCU